AUGCCUCCCAAAGGCUCCAAGAAGUCAGCGCCUGCGCCACCGAACAAGACGCUCGUUCUUGACAAUGGCGCAUACUCGAUCAAAGCUGGUCUCGUUCCCAGCGGUGUCGAAUAUACCUAUGACGAAUGCAGCGUGAUUCCGAACUGCAUCGCGCGGAGCACGCGCGACAAGUGUACCUACGUCGGCGCCGAACUCAAUUCGUGCAAAGACUUCGGAGAGUUGGCAUUCCGCCGCCCGGUGGAGAAGGGCUUCAUCGUCAACUGGGAGGCAGAGAAGGCGAUAUGGGAGCACGAGUUCAUGGGAGACGCCAUGGGGGAGGGGCUGAGGUGUGACCCAAAAGAUACAAACCUGCUUCUGACGGAGAAGCCGAAUUGUCCAAAAGAACUACAGAAGAACUGCGACGAGAUCAUAUUCGAGCAAUUCGAAUUUGCUGCGUACUAUCGAUGCGUGGGCGCGACACUGAACGCCUAUGCUACCCCCCAGGCGCACACUGAGUCCUCAUUGCUGUCGCUACCGCGAGAAUGCCUCCUGAUUAUCGAUACCUCCUACUCAGACACGACCAUCCUACCUCUCUACAAUGGGAAACCCAUACAAUCGGCGGUGCGGCGGCUCACAGUAGGUGGGAAGCUGCUCACAAACUACCUAAAGGAGCUGUCUUCGCUGCGACACUACAACAUGAUGGAGGAGACAUAUCUGCUCAAUGAGAUCAAAGAAGCAGUGUCGUACGUCGUGCCUUCGUCGCAGCACUUUGCCAAUGAUCUAGAGCGGACAUGGAAGGGACGACUGGGAGACAGAAGAGAGCUAGAUUCGAGCAUUGUGGUCGACUACGUGCUGCCAGACUACGAGAACGCGAUACAUGGCCACGCGCGACCCCACGAUCCUGCAAAAUCACGCAUGCGUCGGGGGCUACAAGCGCCACAAGGACCAAGGGAAGAUUUACUGCCAUUAGGGAACGAGCGAUUCGCUGUGCCAGAGCUGCUCUUCAAUCCCUCUGAUAUUGGCAUCCAGGAAGAAGGCAUACCUGGCGCCGUCAUGCAGUCGCUGAGUGCAUUACCCGAAGCUCUCAGGAUAGGUCUGCUAGCGAAUGUUGUGGUGGUAGGCGGGAACUCGCUGAUUUCUGGCUUUAUGGAACGACUGCGAACAGAGUUGAGGGCUCUGGUGCCUGCAGAAUAUCCGCUGAACGUAGUACAGGCAGAUGACCCAAUCAAGCAUACAUGGCUAGGAGGAGCAAAUGUUGCUAGCCAACCCGAGUUGCUUAAGGAGUUGCUGGUCACCAAGGCCGACCGGUGCACUGCUCGGGGCUGCUGUGGCUGUGAUUGGCUCAUGUCCGGCGGCUUGGCAUGCUGGUCAAUAUGUCGAAGGAAUUUCCGGUCCACGGGCAUCACCCGCAUCUCGAACCCAAUGCGCCGAAUACCGCGCCCCUCGCGGGCAACUGAUGCCUCAAAUCUCCUGUCCACGUCGAUACGGCAGACACUGUCGCCAUUGCCUUGUCGCUCCGCCGUGUCGCCCUGCACCCAUCUCCCCAAUGCAACCGCCACUUUCUCCACCACCGCACCUCAGUCGUUCCUCCUACCGGGCAAGCAAGACAAGAAGAAGCACCAGCAGUUCGUACGGAGAUGGCAGAAGCGUCUGCUCGGCGACUCGGAGCCCAUUGGCGCACACGUGGACCCAUACGACCCAACAUCACCCGUCCGAAUAGCACCCGAAGACCAGGGCGAAUACGAAGAGGUGCUUGAGGAAGAUCCCAACUUCCCCAAAUACCGGCAAGCAAAGAGCAUAGCCGGCCUCCAGCGUGUCGGCGGCGACGAGUGGCUCAGGCAGAAAGUCGAAAAAGACAUAGCCAAGGAAUUCGAGAAACUGACACUACGCACCUAUACGCCGCUGACGCUGGGCAUGGCCGAUGAAAUCGAAGAGCUCACCGGUACCCCAUACACUCUCAAGGACGAGAACUUGAUGAUGGCGCAAACCAUGCACGAGAAGACGAACCGGCCGUAUACCCAGUACAACUUUGGCCUCCAUUCCAAAGCCUCCCGCGUUACCGACAUCCGCGCUCGCUUUACGCAAGCUGUCGCCGAGAUCUAUGCUCUGAAACAAGCCGGUCUCGAUAUGGACUUGUCCAAAUUCGCCAACCGAGGUGUGUACGACCGGCCACGCUGGGUCAAGGAUGUCAAGUUGGUCAAGACAGAAAGCGGCGAACUUGCUCUUGCCUUGCCGGAGCACAAGAACCUGGACAACCUUCUGGCAACGAUGCAAAAAGCGCCAUCUUGGGAGGCUGAACAAGCGGAACCAGAUGAACUCCUUGUUGAGGAGCUCAUUGAGGAGCUCGACGGUACUCAUUUCCCACAAGAGCAAGUACCGACCAUGGAUCCCGAAACACCAGCAUACAAGAAGGCAGCAGUGGUCAAGCAGGACGCUGAGAAGCCGUUUGAUUUCAUGUCGAACCGGCCAGUACCCCGCGCAAAGCCCGUGGCGGAGCAAGUCAGUCAGCCAGUCGUUGAGGAAGUGGUGGUUCAAGAAACCCUCAACACCCCUCCUGUCCAUGCAGCCGAUUCUAAGCCCGUCAACGAAGUCGCUCCAGCAGCAGCGAGCGAGUCGCGGCAUGCUAUCCUCGAAGAAAGAGCGCAGCGCUUGGCCGCCGACUUUGCAGCUCUGAAGAAGUCGGUUCAGCAAAGCAGGGCACAGCCUUCUGCCACCAAAUCCGAAGACACCAAGUGGCGACAUGUUCCUGUCACUGACAUUGACGUCAAGUUCGCUCUCUUCAAACGGCUUUACCAAUUGACCGGCUUCCGCAUCUCAGACCCGCACCUAUCUUCAGCAAAAACCCUAGGCGAUCUAUACAGCUACCUCUUGGAGGCCACCAAACCUCAACCGACCAGUCUUUACUCCGCUAUCCACGUAGAAGGCCAGAAGGCACGUGAACGAGCGAAGCAGCAAGCCGCAUCGGAAGCCGCUACCAAGCGACGGGCCGAUCUGGGCGACUUGAUCAAUCUGGGCAAUGUCGAGCUACGCCGCGUCAAGGCUAACAAGACCGAGAAGCGCAGCAAGACCGGUCUAGACAAGGUGGUAAACUAUGCUCUGCGGGAGCGUGGUCUGGCGGAAAAGGCCCAGGACGAAACCAGCGUGUCAACUGACAGCGGGAGAAUCGGCGAUGCGACCGUCACCCGCGAAACGGGGCUCCUGGCCAAGCUACGUCGCUUCGAAGCCAGAUUAGACGCAAAGCUAGGAAUUGAAUCAGAAGCCAUCAGUCGCAAGCUGCCAGAGGAAAAGGGACACGUACCAUGGCAUCACCAACUCAACAUGUUCUUCCUAUGGGCAUCCGGAACCAUGAACACGUCUUGUUUUGCCACCGGCCUUCUGGGACCUCAAUUCGGGUUGACGCUUCGCCAGAGUAUCGUCAUCACCAUCUUUGCGUCUAUUCUUGGUGGCGCUGCCACCGGAUUCGCAGCCACUUUUGGUGCGCCGACGGGACUGAGGCAGAUUUCAGUGUCAAGAUAUGCGUUUGGAUGGUGGCCUAACAAGCUCAUUGCUGCUCUUAACACUAUCGUGCAGAUUGGCUGGGCGUCUGUGGCUUGCAUCACGGGUGGUUUAGCACUAACGGCUGUAGCGGAUGGCCAUAUCUCCCUGAUCGUCGGCAUAGUCAUCCUCGCUGUCGUUGCCACGAUAAUUUCGUUCGUCGGUCUGCGAGCGAUCCUGGUAUAUGAACGCUAUGCAUGGUUCAUCUUCUUUAUCAUCUUCAUCAUCUUCUUCGCGGAGACGGGCAAGUACGCGGACAACAGCACCAAAACCGACCUGAAGGGAGCAGACCUCAGUGGACAGGUUCUAAGCUUGAUUGCUAUUGUCUACGGAAGUUCAGCAUCGUGGCAGACCAUGGCCUCCGACUACUACGUCCACUACCCUGUCAACGUCUCGCGCUGGAAAGUCUUCCUGAUGACAACCUUUGGCAUCGCGAUUCCCACUUCUAUCGGCAUGCUAGCAGGCUGUGUGGUGUCUUCCGGCAUGCACAACCGACCAGAGUGGCAAGAAACGUACGACAACGAGGGUCUGGGUUUCCUCAUCCAAACUAUGCUCUACCCUCGCGGUUUUGCUAAACUAAUCCUUACCCUCCUCGUCCUCUCCGGUAUCAACGUAAACGUCAUUUCCAUCUACAGUGCCGCCAUCUCUUGCCAGCAAUUUGCCCGCCCUUUUGCACGCGUACCCCGUUUCAUCUGGAUCCUGGUUUGCUUCGCUGCCAUCCUUGGUCUUGCUAUCGGCGGCCGCGAGCAACUCAGUGUCUACCUUGAGAACUUCCUUAGUCUCCUCGGCUACUGGACUACGCAGUACUUUGUCAUUCUAUGCAGCGAACAUGUCGUCUUCCGUCGUAUGAACUUUGACAAUUACGACCUGGACGCGUGGAACGAUCCCAGUCGUCUUCCGCUCGGUAUCGCUGCUGGCACAUCGUUUGUCAUCGGUAUCGUGGCGUGGAUUAUGGGCAUGGUAGAAACUUGGUAUGUUGGACCGCUGGGAGGUCUUAUUGGAUCUGAUGGUGGUGAUGUUGCGAAUGAGUUUACAUUCGUUGUAACCGCGCUUGUGUAUAUACCUGCGCGAUAUCUUGAGAAGAAAAUCGUCGGGAGAUAG